GGGUUCGCAGCCCAACUUCCUACCACAGUGCUUCCUCCUUGGAAAGUGUAAGGUCCUUGUCCGUUACAACCGUACGUAUCCGUCAUUUUGGCCUCUUGAAUGACCCCACAAUGUUCCUCUUGGCGCUCUGCAUCGCCCCAGAGCGCCGGUUUGUUCCUGAACUCCCCGCAUCGCAUUGCGGGAACCGUCAGCACACAACCAAGACAGCGGCCAUCGCAGCUUCACUUUGCUCCACCUUCUUUCAUGAUUUCGAUCGGGGCUCCGAGGAUACCGGAAGCGCAAGGGAAUCAUGGCUGAGGUGGAAAAUGCCCCGACGUUCGGGUCGGAGCUCAGGGAUGGCUUCAAGCCAGCCAAUGCCUGGGUCGCCAACGGCAUUGCCUGGCUCGAUGAUAUACAGGCAUUUUACCGCGAACGAAGUGCGAUCGAGAAGGAGUACAGCGCCAAGCUCAAUGCUCUGGCCAAGAAGUACUUUGAGAAGAAGACGCGCAAGUCGGCAAGCCUGAGCGUUGGCGACACUCCAACCAUGACCCCCGGCUCGUUGGAAAGUGCCUCCCUCACGACGUGGACUACACAUCUCACGACUUUGGAGGCGCGGGCAGACGAACACGAACGUUACGGAAACGACCUGAUUACCAAAGUCGCAGACCCCAUGAAACACAUGUCGGUACGAUUCGAGGAACUGCGGAAGCGUCAUGCCGAAUACGCCGAAAAGCUGGAGAAAGAACGAGACUCGUCCUAUGCUGAUCUCCGGAAGAUGAAGGGCAAAUACGAUGCUGCUUGCCAGGAGGUGGAGACCAAGCGCAAGAAAACCGAAUCCGCAUUCGACAAGGCCAAGGCGCAAAGCUCCUUCCAGCAACAGAUCCUCGAGAUGAACAAUGUCAAAAACACCUACUUGAUUGCCAUCAACGUUACCAACAAGUACAAGGAGAAAUACUACUUCGAGUACCUCCCCGAAAUUAUGGACAGCCUACAGGACCUCUCUGAGUUUCGCACACUCAGAUUGAACGGCCUUUGGACUUUGGCCUCCAAGCUCGAGGCCAACAUGCUCCAGCAGAGCUCCAGCCAGGUCGAUCAUCUCAGCCAAGAGAUUACACGAAACCAGCCGCACCUCGACUCGAUGAUGUACAUACGGCACAACAUGGGUUCCUUUCAAGAGCCCCCAGACAAAAUCUUCGAGCCGAGCCCGGUAUGGCAUGACGAACCCACCAUGAUCGUUGACGAGGCCGCCAAAGUCUACCUGCGCAAUCUGCUCAACAAGUCCAAAAGCCAGCUUGGAGACUUACGACGCGAGGCGGACAAGAAGAGGCGGGAAGUGGAGGCGAUAAAGCGGGUGAAGCAGAAGAUCCGGGACGGAACGGAGCAAAAGGACGAAGUGGCCGUGGUAUCGCAGAUGUUCUCCAUGCAGGAAGACCUACACCAGGUGGAGAGGAAGCGUCUCAUGGCCGAGGUCGAGACAUCCACCAUCACAUCGGCCGUCGGCGAUGUGACGCUCGGGGCAAAGAACCAUAACUUCAAGUCACAGACAUUCAAGAUUCCCACGAACUGUGACCUUUGCGGGGAGAGGAUAUGGGGCCUAUCAGCCAAGGGGUUCGACUGCCGCGACUGCGGCUACACCUGUCACAGCAAGUGCGAGAUGAAGGUGCCGGCCGAGUGCCCCGGGGAGCAAUCAAAGGAGGAGCGCAAAAAGCUGAAGCAGGAACGCCAAUCGGCGGCCAACGCGUUGCUGAAGCCGAGCGGGCCACCGGAACACGUGGUCGAGCUGCCCGCACUCAGCCGCUCCGACACGGUGACAUCCAAGACGUCAGGGUAUGCCGCCAGCUCGCAGCGAUCCAUGACAGGUCCAAUAUCGCCGUCGGAGGAGGCGCCGGCGUCAGAAGUGCCGAGCUCGACCCGUCCCGCGGGCACAGCCACAACAGGCGCCGUCAGGAAGAACCGUGUCAUCGCGCCCCCGCCGUCCGCCUACAUUAGCGAGCUGCCGGGAAGUGCCCCGAACGGCUCGUUGGGGCAGAAGGGCAAGAUGCUGUACAGCUUCGAGGCCGGAGGAGCGGGAGAGUUGAGUGUGCCGGAAGGGCGGGAUCUCGUCGUGCUGGAGCCCGAUACCGGAUCCGGCUGGGUCAAAGUCCGGGCGGGCUACAAGGAAGGCCUCGUCCCAGCGAGCUACAUCGAACUAUCAUCCUCGGCACCAGCAGCAGCCAUCGCGCCGCAGCACACGGGGCAAUCGGCGCGGCCGCCGUCGACCUACUCCAACAGCGGUUCCUCAAUAGGAACGUCGUCGCUUUCUCCGGCUGGGGGGAAGAAGAAGGGGCCCGCGGUAGCGCCGAGGCGGGGUGCCAAGAAACUCAGGUACGUCGAGGCCAUGUACGACUACACGGCGCAGAGCGACGCCGAGCACAGCAUGGUCGAGGGCGAGCGGUUUGUGCUCAUCAAGGAGGACCCUGGGGACGGGUGGGCGGAGGUGGAGAAGAGCGGGAUUACGAAGAGCGUGCCGGCGAGUUAUAUACAGGUUGUUUAGCGGAAGGUGGGGUGGUGGCUUCGGGUGGGAGUGACGGGAAAGGAGGUGAGAUUACUGCAUGGUGUUCUCCUGCAGGCUGGAAUAGAGAAGAAAUCGUGGGGGUUUAGCGUGGCCCCUUUAGGGGAUGGGAGUUGCAAGGUGCCUACGGCACAGGGCAGUUAUUUCAGUGGAAACAAAGUGGUGGGGCAACCCAACAUUGUCAAGACUCUUUUUGGGGUCCCUGAAUCGCCCGUGCCCUCUCAUAUUUCGCCUUUAGUCAGGCCCUGCCCAUCUUGUUCCGGUGAGGGAUGGUGAGUAUCACCGAUCAGGCGGCCUUAUACCUUACAACGAGUUUUUAGAGUAGAAUUUCAAGAUCAGGGAUCCAAACUGUGGCAAGGCGAAUCUUGGUG